ACUCCUGAGUUAGUCAGUCAGUCAGCCGCCACCAGCGCGAGUGUCCGCACGUCGCUGCCACUGACACGCGUGCCGAGAAACAAAAACACUUUCCUCGCCCCCCCGGGGCGAUUGUUUACGCCGUGUGAGUGUGUGCUGCGGUCCGUGCGCGUCAAAAGUGUUUUCUCGUUUUCCAUCCCCGUGCACGUCAUAUACAUCCACCGCAGCGAUGUCCCUCAACUAGAAUCAGCCGCAUUAGUUAUUCAUACACGCGCGUUUUGUACUCAUUGUUUUGGUCUGCGCACACACAGCCACGCAACGCACACAAUAUUUCAACAUACGAAUUCAAGAAAUUCAGUUCUAAUGAACUCGAUGCUCGGUUUACAACGUUUACAAUGGUUAUGUUAAAAUUAGAGGAACAGCCGCUGUUGAUUCAGGCUAUAUUCAAUGGUGAAUUGGAGGAUGUCCGGCAGUUAUUAGCAUUCAAACCGGACGUGAAUUACCAGGAUGCGGAAAAACGCAGUCCGUUGCACGCAGCUGCCUUCAAAGGUGAUCGCGAUUUGGCUGAGUUAUUGCUGGUGCAAGGUGCUAGAGUCAAUACGAAAGAUUCCAGCUGGUUGACACCAUUGCAUAGGGCUUGUGGUGUUUGUGCUGAUGAUACAGUCGAGUUGCUCCUAAAGCACAAAGCAGACACAACCGCUCGCGACAGACAAUGGCAAACACCCCUACACAUCGCCGCCGCCCACAACGCCCUCGGCUGCAUCCAGCACUUACUCAACCACAUCACCAACGUGAAUGUCACCGACCGUUCCGGCUGCACGGCGCUGCAUCACGCCGCCCUGAAUGGCCACAACGAAGUGGUGGAGCUCCUCCUCUCGAAAGGAAGUAUAGUUAAUGCCUGUGAUAAAAAAGAUUGUCGUCCAAUUCAUUGGGCCGCGCAUCUCGGCCACGUCGACACCGUCAGCAUCCUGAUCCAAAAAGGCGCUGAUAUCAACGUGAAAGAUCGCAAUCAGUACACGCCAUUGCACGCGGCGGUCGCUUCCGGUAUGGUGUACGUGUGCAGUCUGUUGCUCAACGCUGGUGCUGAUGCAAACGCACAGAAUGCGUUCGGCAACACGCCAUUGCACAUCGCGUGUCUCAAUGGCCAUCUAUCGGUGUGUCAGAUUUUACUCGCGCAUGAUGCCAAUCUCGAAGCGGCGAAUUAUAAAGGGCAGACACCGUUGCAUAUCGCUGCGGCGAGCACGCAAGGUGUGGGAUGCCUGGCGUAUUUGCUAGAACAGGAGAAUAUUGAUAUUAAUCGGCAGAGUGCGGAUGGACGGACGCCAUUACACAUGAGUGCGAUUUAUGGUAGGUUUACACGGAGUAAGCGGUUGAUUGACAAGGGCGCCGUGGUGGAUAAAGCGGACAAGAAUGGAAACACGGCGUUGCAUAUCGCUGCGCAGUAUGGACACGAUAUACUUACAGCGACUUUGUUGGAUUUUGGUGCUGAUCCAGUCAAACGAGGAUAUGAAGGAAGAACACCGUUGCAUGCCUGUUGCUUGUCGGGUUAUGUUGAAGUCUGCAGGAAAUUUUUACAGAGACCUGUAGAUUUGAACAUUGUGGAUGAUCAUGGCAGAACGCCGAUUCAUUGUGCAGCGUAUAAAGGGUCCGUUGAGUGUUUGGAUUUAUUAGUCUCUCGCGGUGGUGAUUUCAAACUACAAGACAGCAUCGGCCGCACAGCGUUACACUACGCCGCCGUGCGAGGUCACUACAACUGUGUGUACACACUAGUUGGCAUUGGUUCCAAGGUAAAUGUAUUAGACUCGGAGGGUUGCAGCGCGUUGCAUCUUGCGGCUGCGUACGACAUGGAAGCCAAAUGCGUCGAAUAUCUCAUCGCGCAUAAAGCUGAUCCUCUACUAAAAGACAUCCGAGGUUUCACACCAAUACAUUACGCCGUCAACGGCAGUAAUCGCCUCUCAUUGGAGUUGUUACUCAAAGCAAUCGGUAAAAAUAUCAAUUUUCUCGAUGUUGACAUGCCGGAAACGACGCCAUUGCACUUGGCUGCGCGUCAUGGUGAACUCGACAUUCUGCGCUCGAUUAUCCCCUACUUUCCCGAGACGAAUAUCAAAACAAAAGAGGGUUAUACACCAUUAUUGGUUGCUGCGCGUGAAGGCCACACGCCCAAUGUGCAGAUGUUGUUGCGUUACGGCGCAAAAGUAGCGAUUUGUGACGAUGUCGCCGGAAUGUCACCCGUGCAUCAUUCGGCGAAGAACGGCCAUUUGCAUUGUCUCGCGCUAUUGGUUGACAACUCCGAGGUGAAGAGUGUGAUUGACAGACGGGAUAAAUACGAGCGCACGGCGCUGAUGUUGGCGAUUUCGGGUGCGCAUCAGGAUUGCGCACUGACACUGCUAAAGAGCAACUCGGAUCCGAAUAUUGUCGACGCCGAUCAGCACUCGUCGCUGUUUCGUGCCGUGGUGACGGAUCAGAAUAGCGUGGUGCAGUUGCUCAUCGCGUGCGGGUCGAAUCUCACCGCGCCGGAUGUCAACGGCAAGACUGUGCUGCAUUUAGCGGCGGCGUGCGGCCAUCUUAAAUGUCUACAGAAGAUUCUACAGAGUGUGGAUGAGCAGGAUGCGUUGGUGCUGGAUAAGAAUGGGUUUAGUGCGUUGCACUGGGCGUGCUACUAUGGGAAUACUAGUUGUUUGGAUUAUUUACUGCAGAGGAAUAUUUAUCAUAAGUUGGAUGGGAAUAUUUUUACACCAGUGCAUUGCGCAGCUUUUACAGGUUCAGAAAGGUGUCUGGAACUCCUGCAUACGAAAUUUGGCGUAGAUUGCCUGCGUGCGAAGGACAGCCGCAAUCGCACGCCGUUGCACUUGGCCGCAUGGCAUGGACACGCUGAUUGCGUGCGCUUCCUGCUCGAUAAUGGCGGCGAUGUCGAAGCGAAGGACGAGAUUGGCCGAAGUCCACUAAUCUCGGCUGCGCAGAACGGUCAAAGUCAAGUCAUAGAUUUAUUACUGGCGCACAAAGCUGAUCUCAAAGCCGCUGACGCCAACGGCUGCACAGCGCUGCACGUUGCUUGUCUCAGGAAGCACAAUCACACUGCCCUGCUCCUACUCGAAUACAUCAACGACGUGGAGAUUAUCAAUAUGGUGGAUAACGAUAAAAAAACUGCCUUACAUUUAUCUGCACGCAACGGAUUGGUGGAAGUCACCGCUGAGUUGAUAAAGAAGGGCGCAUCGGUUGUAGCGACGGAUAACAAUGGCCUCACCCCAGCGCUGUACUGCGCGCCGAACGCAUGCGUCGCCCAAUGCCUCGCCAUUAUUCUCGCGCAUCAUCCAAGCGAGAUGCGCGUCGGUGGGUUGCAUACCAAAGAAUGUAUAUCCGUGCUGAAAAAACUCUCCCGCACCUCAACACGCUCCUCUAACCUCCUAAUCAAAUCCUGCCAGACGGAAAUGUCCCUUUUACGCAACCAGCAUGAAUUAUUCCUCGUUGACGUGGCGAAACACCGCCGAAAAAAACGCUCACCACAUGAAUUACCUCCACCCAAACGCGAAUCAUUUAAUAAAUCAGCGAAAUACACCGCGGAUAAGAAACUAGUUCUAAUUGAAAACUACGACAGUGAAGAAUUCGACGUCGCGCCGCUCAAAAACCAAAAAGGUUUGUCUUUACACCGCAGUUAUUCGGACAUGUCAUUGGUCGCGGCGAAUACACACGAGAAUAAUCGGUUUACCACGGCAAACAACGACGAUGAUUAUAACACCGAAGAAAACAAAGAUGGCCGGCACGCGCAUGACACCCGCGAGGCCACCUAUCAGCGCCUCAUCGACGGGUAUAAAACAAUCGCGUUGAAAAUGGCGCGUGUGUCGAGUAAGUACGAUGUCUCCGUCGACGAUAUACAGAAAGCAUAUGUUGAUCAAUACGCAAAACAUCGAAAGAAGAAGUUAUCCGCGUGCGGGUUGCCAUUACCAUCGGUAUCAUGUCCGAUUUUAACACCGAAGAAACACGAGUUGGAAACUGUAGAUGAAACUAACAUAGAGGGCGCGCAAGUUGAUGUAGAGGUGACGUGUACAACCGAAACUGAACGAACAGAAGAUAUCAUCAUAGCCGAUCGAAGUGAAGAGCAGGAGAAUAAAGGGUUGCCGCCAUAUGCGACGAUUGUUUUUUCACCACCGCCGCCAUCUUUGUGUUUCGCAUCAUUCAACAAAGUGGAAAACGACGCGACGACAUCCACGGAAGAAACAUCCACAUCCUCAUCGGAUAUUCUACUCAACGGUGAAUUCUUAUAUGAGAGUUAUACAAUCCCCGAUCCGCCGAAGCCAUAUUGCGACUGUCAAUUUGUAUGCAAAAAUUGUGUUCUCCUGAAUCGUUAUGAUUUCGACAAUUUGGAGGCGGGCGAUGCGCGGGGUGAUGCAGAAAAAGGUUUGCAAUGUUCACAUUCACAGGAAUCCGUCGCUGAAGACUACAAAGGUAAUUUUCCUUGUUAUAAUCCCUCGCAAGGUGAAUGUCAAGGUCAAGCUCAAGGUCAAAAUGUCAUAGAUGUGGAUGAUGAUGACCAGCAUGAAAUAAUCCCUCUGGAGAAUUUGACAGUUGGUGAUACAAAGGUUUUCAUCGGUGAGGGCGCCAUUAGAAAAACUCUUCAAGGUCAACGCAGUGAAGAGAAAGAAGUUCUUAUUAAGGAUCAAUGCGCAGGUGAGAAGACCAACGCUGAUGAACAAAUCGAAACGCUGGAUAUCACGCUAGAGGGUUUAGAAUGUCCGUUGAAUGACUUUCUGGAUGAAGAUGGCGACGUGGAUGUCAAUUGGCCCAAGGUGACCUUUGAUGAAGGUCGCGUGAAGAUCCCGACGGAUAUCAAUGAAAAUCCAACGCGUGAUUUGGAUUGGUCGUUGUUCACAGAUGAUAUUGACUUGAAGGCGUCGGAGUCACUGACGAAUGUUGCAUGCGCAUGCGCGGCUAAUGAUUAUGUCGGUUUGAGUUGUGUGACAUCUUCAUGUACACAUAUACCUUGCUCAGCGUCGGGUACGGUUGAUGAGUUUAGUGUUAAUGAUUCGUUGCAUGUGGCCACGUCGGCGACUGAGUUGAUUCCGGUGGUUUCAGAGGGGUGUUGUACACAACAGGUUAGGAAUGACUCAGAAACGGUUAGGAAUAAUCAUAACCUUAAAUUGCAUCAGAGCGGGUUGACAUUGAAUGAAAUACCGUCGAGUUUAUUGACUACAACUACUUCUACUACUUCUACUGAGGUUAGUGAUACUAGUCCGAAACAUAACCCCAAAUUAUUGCGUGAUUCCGUCGCCAUUGUUGACUUUUCCGCGUUGUUUCCCAAACAAAACGCGAAAAAAUUAAAGCCUUGCAUGUCUACGGAUAAUCUAGAACAACAGGAGCAAGAGAAAGAGUUGUUGAAGGUGAUUUGUCAUGCGCAGGACAAAAUAAAACGGUUUAGUUAUCAAGAGAUGGUUGAUUUAAGCGAAGGGUUGAAUAUGUCACAAGAAGCCAAAGCAAUGGCGCGGAGGUUAAUCGAACAAUUCGCAAAUACCCAACCACAACACUUAAAAAUAAACAAUGAAUCACAAGAAGAAGAUUUAGCGUUGAAGUUGAGUGAUUCUGGUUCUGAUUCAGGCUGUGAAUCACUAAAUACCAGUUCAUUGGAAAGUGUGCCCAGCGCGCCAUCUUUAUGGGAAAUCACACAACUAAAACACGAUGCAGAUGAAGAUGACGAACAUGAUGAACACAAAGAGGUUAAUGAUGCGAAGAAGGCGCUGAACAGCGGGAAAGUUCAUCAGUCGAAUUCGCACGAGUCCUUCCUUACCGACGGCAAGAAGCAGCGUCAUGUGAAUCAUGUGCGCACGGAUGCGCAUGCACCGUAUUACAUGCAAAUGGCGGCGAAUUCAGCGCACAAUUUGACAGCCGACGAGGAUGGUAGUUUCGACGGCAGCGAUCCCGAGUUUUAUUGAGUUUACAACUAGUUUUGUUUUUAUAUUAUUACCAGUUACAGUUUACCUGAUGACGAUAUUUGAUUGAUAUUGAUGAGAGAGGUUUGAAUACUCAUGAGUUUUGUUAUGUUAGGCAUUAUUUAACUAGCGUGAAUAUCAUUCCAAUUUAAUUAUAGGUUAGGUGCGUUUUAACCUAACUGUAAGCAAUUGUUACAUUAAUACUAAAUUUUAGGCGGAAUUCCGAGCAGAAACAAACAAAAAUGGCGCGCGCGCGGGCGAGGCGGAAAUGUAAAAGACUGACAAAUGGAAUCUUUUUUACAUGUUUUUAUUAUGAUGAUCUUUAAAUUAUUAUUGGUGUGCGGGUGGAUGAAAAUGAUGAUGAAUUGUGUAUUUGUACGCAUUUAUAAAUAAUUGCAAUCGAAAAA